AUGACUUCCUUAAACCACACUGGUGUUAGCCACACUGUCUUCUAUUUGCUGGGCAUCCCUGGCCUAGAGGACCACUACUGGUGGAUUUCCAUCCCGUUUUUCAUUUCCUAUGUCAUCGCCCUGCUUGGGAACAGUCUGCUCAUCUUCAUUAUUGUCACCAAGCGCAGCCUCCAUGAGCCCAUGUACCUCUUCCUCUGCAUGCUGGCUGGGACAGACCUUGUCCUCUCCAUGUGCACAGUACCUCAGGCCUUGGCCAUUUUCUGGUUCCGAGCGGGGGAGAUCUCCCUGGACCGCUGCACCACUCAGGUAUUCUUCCUCACUUCCACCUGCAUUUGUGAGUCAGGGAUCUUGCUGGUGAUGGCAUUUGAUCGCUACAUUGCCAUAUGCUACCCACUGAGGUACACCACCAUUCUUACACAUACACUGAUUGGGAAAAUUGGUGCCGUCAUCUUUCUGAGAAGUUACUGUACAAUAUUCCCCGUGAUAUUUCUUCUGAAAAGACUGACUUUUUGUGGAACUAACAUUCUUCCAACCACUAUGUGUGAACACAUUGCAUUGGCCAAAUAUUCCUGUGAUGACAUAAGAAUAAACACCUGGUAUGGAAUGUUUGUCCUGAUAUCAACAAUGAUUUUAGAUGUUGUGCUAAUUUUUAUUUCAUAUGUGCUUAUUCUCCAUGCUGUCUUUCGCAUCCCUUCCCAAGAUGCUCGCCACAAAGCUCUCAAUACAUGUGGUUCCCAUGUCUGUGUCAUUAUUCUCUUUUACGGGCCUGGGAUCUUCUCAAGCCUCACUCACAGGUUUGGACGGCACAUCUCACCCCACAUCCAUGUACUGCUGGCCAAUGUCUGUGUUCUUGUGCCUCCUAUGAUGAAUCCCAUCAUUUAUGGGAUCAAGACCAAACAGAUCCAGACCCAGGUAACUCAUGUCUUAUUUCCCAAAAAAAUAUGUCUUUGGAAAUGGGAACCAGACUAG